AUGAGGCCAGGGGCGGACUGACCAUUCGAGCACUCGGGCACUGCCCGAGGGCCCGGGGUCAGUUGGGGGCCCCAUGAGAUGCCCCUGGUACCGUUUUUUAUAGGCUUUUUUGAGUGUGGGCAAGGACACAGGGGCCCCAAGAUCCCCUAUUGCCUGGGGCCCCACGAGUUGUCAGUCCGCCCCUGCAUGAGGCUGGACAUCCUCCAGCCAGGAAAUGGGGCGGAGCUCUCUCUGACUGGCUGCAGCUACUAAUGCACAUUAUGCCCCUGGUACCUUUUUCAUAGGCUUUUUUGAGUUUGGGCAAGGACACAGGGGCCCCAUGAUCCCCUAUUGCCCGGGGGCCCCAU